AUGGUUUGGCGCUGUGUUAUUUGCUUUGUGUUUGUGGCCCUCACUCUCAAAUCUUUAUUGAGUCAUAUAAAUUCUGCACAUAGUCGUAGUCCAGAUUUUCGCGUUGUUUGUGGAAUCGAUGGAUGUUCCAAAGAGUAUCGAAUCUACAACUCACUGUGGUAUCACAUUCGAAGAAACCACCGUGAACAUCUGGAAAGUGGCGGGAGAGAGAGGACAGCAACAGCGACCUCAAGCCGGGAAGCCUCAUCAGCGGUGAACAGAAACGUGUGGGGAUACAGGCCAGCAACGGCGGAAAACAGAGAGCAUCAAACGGGUGAAGCAGUGAUGGAAAACGGAGUACAAGCUGAAGAUGUAUUGAUUGAUGAAAACAGAGUGCAGCCCUGUCCAUACUCUGUGUCUCCACAACAUUUUGGAGCAUUUGACAGUACGGCGUCCUUGUACUCUGGCUUUGACGAUGACACCUUUAUCUCCCCAAGUCAUCCUGCUUUGUCCCAGACUGUUGAUAGUACCUCAAAUACAACUUUGAAUAUUGCGGAUGUUCCAUGUCCUGCUGCAGUUGACUCUUCUGCAUCAUGUCAAUCAAAGGAUGACGCCGGGCGUGACACUUUGACCAGCCAAGCUAUUGCUAUGAUGUUGACUGCAAGAGAAAAACACCAUCUUUCACAGCGAGGUGUGAAUGACGUUUUGGCAGGAAUGCAGCAAUACCAAGCUCUGUUGGUGACUAAUCUAAGGAGCCAGCUACAAACUGUAUUCCAGCAACAUCAAGGAAGUGAACUUGAAAAGGAAGCGAUGGCGGUAUUUGACCAGAUUGAGGAUCCAUUUGCUUCUGUUGCGACAACAUACAGGCAGGACAAUGUGAUUAAGGAAAAUUUCAAUUUUGUGGAGUCAGAGGAGGUUUCUGUGGGGUAUACUGCCUGCUUGAAGAAAAAAGGGGCAACAAGGGUCCUCUCUACAAUACCCAAAUGUUUUGAUUAUAUACCUCUGAUCAAAAGUUUAGAACAGUUAUUGUCCCAUCCAAAGGUUUUGGAAAUGAUAGAUCAGCCGCAGAAAUACAGAAAUGGAUCAAAACUAGCUGCAAUCCGUCUACUUGCUAUUGCAAAGAAAAGCGAGCUGUCUGAAUGUGGAGUUGAUGGAAUUUUGGGCAGGUUGUAUGAGGACUUGAUAAUGUUAUAUGGUGGUGUUAAUAUUCAAACUGGGAAUGGUGAACGUGAAAUAUUUGGAGCAUUGGUUUCGAUAUGUGGAGACACUUUAGCACAACAUGAGCUUUGUGGAUUUAAAGAGGGUGUUGGUUUUGCCUAUAGUAAGUGCCGGCAGUGUGAAUGUUCGUUUGAGGACAUGCAAAUGUAUUUUGACGAGGACAACUUUGAGCUCAGGACACUAGAAAGACAUGUCCGGCAGUGUGGUGACAUUGAGAAGGCAAAUACUGAGUAUCUUAGAAACAGUUUAAAAACUACAUUUGGCAUCAACAGAAGGAGCAAGCUGGUAGAAUUCCCGGCCUUUAACUUGAUCCAACAAACACCCCAGGAUAUGAUGCAUGUAAUUCUUGAAGGCAUUGCUCCAUUAGAAAUAAAGUGUGUGAUAAAACACUUAGUUCUUUUAGGUCAACUAGACUUGGAUGUCCUCAAUACUGCAUUAGCUGGAUUUCCCUACUCUCCACUUGAUGUCAGAGACAAACCAAACCCUAUAGCUUACAGCACAUUAGCUUCAAGUGAUAAUAAGUUGAAGCAGUCCUCAGGCCAAAUGAUCGUUCUACUAAAAAUAUUGCCAUUCCUUAUUGAUUCAGUUAAAGAUAAUGAAUACUACAAAAUAAUUCUUGAACUCAUAGAAAUUUUUAAAAUUUUGUUUGCUCCUGUCAUUGGUCUACAGACACUUAGCAAGUUGAAAACACAAAUUGAACAGCAUUUAAAACAUAUGAAAAAUCUUUUCCCUGAUAACAACAUUACCCCAAAACAGCAUUAUUUGAUUCAUGCUCCAUCGCAAAUAAAGUUGCUGGGGCCAAUGGUCCGUCACAUGUGCAUGAGAUUCGAAUCAAAACAUUGUUUUUUUAAACAGUGGGCCUCAAAAAUAAAUUUUAGAAAUGUUUGCAAGUCUUUAAUAAGGCAUAAUCAAAUGUAUGAAUGUUGUCAAAAUGUAAGUCAUUCUAAACACCCAAUUUGUUUUAAUGAGUGUGCAUUGGGACCAACAUCCGAAAUACGCAACAUGUCAUAUUUAAAAGAAAAAAUGAGGGCUUUCCUUGGAAAUGAUGACAUAAACAAUGCAGUGUCUGUUAAAUGGAUUAAUCUAAAUGGUAAUAAAUACAUACAGGAGAAGACAUUACUUCUGACUUCUGUUAAUUCCAAUGAUUUGCCUGAAUUUGGACUUGUGAGCAAUAUCUAUGUAAUUAACUCAUCAUUAUAUUGUUUUGAGUUCCAGCAGCAUAAUACUGUUUGUUAUGAUAGAAAUUACAUGGCAUAUACAAUAGAGAUUCCAAACAUGGCACAAAGAACUGAACUAAUAAGUGCUGAUAGUCUGGUAGAUUUCACUCCAUAUUACAGUUAUACUCACAAGGAUGUGACAUAUGUUCCUACGAAAUAUUAUCUUGUAGAUGUGCUUGGGCUACACAGAGCCUUGUCUGAUGAACUGUAA